AUGAAAACAGAAGAAUUCACCAUCAUGAACGACAACGAUGAAAUAAAAGGCCAGCCGCUGAAGUUAUUGCAAAUAACAUCCAGUGCAACCACUCAAGAUGUUCAGACUCGUCUCAAUCUCAACUCAAUAAAUCUACAGGAGCUUCACAGUGCUCAAGAUAAAAUCAUUCAAGAGGGAACAUUACAACUCGAUAAACCACAACUGGAUACUCUCUAUCAUACUACAAUUCCCUUAUACAUCUUCAUGUCAAAUAGUCAGAACAUUAUGAAUAUCAUCUGCGCGUACGCACCCCAAAGUGGAUACCGAGAACAAGAAAAGGAUGAGUUUUGGGAAGACAUGGAUGAAGUUAUGGUGAACAUACCAUCGGGGGAGACAAAAUUUGUUAUGGGUGAUUUAACCUUCCGUAUACGAGAUGUAGAUAUAUUACGAGCACUAACAGGAGAAGACGAUGAUGACAUUGAGUCAGAACAAGAAUCGGAUGGUGAUGCAGAUCAUAUCAGUGCUCAAAGCAAUACAGAUAGUGAAGUGGAUGCUGACAUACCGUCUUCGGAUUCAGACAGUGAUAACUUACCACUCUCGAGGUUGCAACAAGCUAGUCAUACCGAAUAUUAUAAAGGUAAAGAUGGGGAUAUGAAAAAUACUUACGAUAACCCCGAAACUAUGUGGUCGAACUUUGAAGAUAAAUGUAAGGGUAGCGCCAGUAACAUAUUAGGCAUAUCGAAGGGAGGACUGAGAAACGGAAAAGAUCCUUCUUGGUGGGAUGACGAAGUCAAAUCAAAAAUCCUGAACAAAAAGAUUUUGUUCAAAAAUUGGCAAUCUUCGAGUUUCAAAGAAGAUCAAGAUAAAUACAAGGAGGCAAAAUCUAUCGCAAAGAAAUGCGUCGCACAAACUAGGGCCAAGGCAAGAGAAGAGUUUUACAAUAGAAUUAAUAAAUUUUUUAAAAUAGAAAAUGCUAAUUCAGAAUCUGAAUCUGAAGUGGCUAAGUCAAAUAAAUCUACGGAAGAUAUAAAGGCAAGUAAAUAUAUUGAAGAUAAAGACAAAAAGUUACUUACAAACAAUAAAGACAUAAAUAAAAGAUGGUAUGAAUACUACAAAGACUUAAUGAAUAAAGAAUUUCCUAGUCAAGUCUUGGAACCCCUGGCACCUGUAGAAGGACCAAUACAAGCCAUAAGCCGAGAUGAGAUAAAGAAUGCUGUGAAGAAAAUGAAGAACGGCAAAGUCGUGGGCCCGGACGAAAUUCCAGCUGAAGUAUGGAAACUACUGCAGCAAGUAGGAUUAGAAUGGCUUACGAGACUCUUUAACCUUAUUCUUGACAAUGCCAUACAGGCCGUUAGAAUUGUGAUAGAAAAAUAUAGAGUCAACAAAGAAGAUCUGCACCUAAUAUUUAUAGACCUGGAGAAGGCUUUCGAUAGGAGAUUUGCUGCACGUACCGUGAAGGAGUUAAGCAGAAACUUUGUAUUACCUCUAGGCACUACUAACUCUGAAGUAAUACAGGAACGUCUGGAACGUGUUGGAGGAGGAAGAAGGUUGAAACGGGAGCGAAGAAAAAAAUUAGUCCAAGAUAUAUACACCAACGCUCGCACUAGAGUCAGAAGUCCUGCAGGGUUAACAGAGGAAUUUGAAGUGGGUGUAGGGGUUCAUCAAGGCUCUGCCCUAAGCCCGUUGCUAUUCAACCUUGUGAUGGACUUCAUUACGAAACCCAUUCAAUCUCCAUUGCCCUGGAACCUCUUGUACGCAGAUGACAUUGUCUUAAUUGAUAGAUCAACAGCCGAGCUCCAAACCACCUUGACCGCAUGGGCAACUGCCCAUGAGACCGCAGGUCUUAAAGUAGGUAGAGCAAAAACUGAACAUCUACAAUGCCGGUUUAGUGAGAACAGUAACAUUAUGGAAGCGGCUCCAGAAAUGAUGUCGUAUGUACUGGAUUCUCCUCCAUCGGUCCAGUCGAGUGAUGUCGGCUUCAGUCACCCGAGAGCAUGGUACUGA